UCUCUCAAAGUUCACAACUUUCUUCCUCCAUUGCACUUCCCAUCUUGUCCCAAUCUCGAGCUCCCAUGUCCGAGACGUCGCGACACCAAUUCCCGCACCAGACAUUUCUCCACAACCUCCUCUCCGAAUCAUCCGCAUCGCGAGCUCGCCCAGACCCAUCAGCCGAGAGAAAAAUUCCUGAUCAAAUCGGUCGAUGGACGCGACCCCGGAAGCAAAUCCGAUCCGCCACCAGCUUCGUCAGCACCUGAUCAGUGAUCCGGUUCGCUCCGGCUAGGGUCUCGUAGCUCCCCUUCGAUAACGCAGCGAAGGCGACGGGCGGGCGGCGGACUUUUUUUUGGGGGGGGGUUAGAGGAUGUCUAAUCUGUAUGGAGAUUACAACCAGAAGAUCGAUUACGUGUUCAAGAUCGUGCUGAUCGGGGACUCCGCGGUGGGGAAGUCCCAGCUCCUGGCCCGGUUCGCGAGGAACGAGUUCAGCGUCGAGUCGAAGGCCACCAUCGGGGUCGAGUUCCAGACGAAGACGCUCGUGAUCGAUCACAAGACGGUGAAGGCCCAGAUAUGGGACACCGCGGGUCAAGAGCGGUACCGAGCAGUGACGAGUGCAUACUACAGAGGUGCUGUUGGGGCGAUGUUGGUAUAUGACAUGACCAAGCGCCAAUCUUUCGACCACAUGACUAGGUGGCUGGAGGAACUGAGAGGUCAUGCUGAUAAGAAUAUCGUCAUCAUGCUCGUCGGCAACAAGUCCGACUUGGGCAGCCUACGGGCUGUCCCGACCGAAGACGCCCAAGAGUUUGCCCAGAGAGAGAGCUUAUUCUUUAUGGAGACAUCGGCUCUCGAAGCAACCAACGUCGAACCCGCAUUCCUGACGGUUUUGACAGAGAUAUACCGGAUCAUUUCCAAGAAGACCCUUAAUGCUAGCGAUGAAUCGGAUCCUGGUCUGCUUAAAGGGACGAAGAUUAUAGUCCCUGGACAGGAUGCAGAUGCCAGCGGAGGAAGGGGCGGGUGCUGCAUGUCGUCCUAAUCUUCUUCUUGAGAUUAUAUUUCUUUUCGGCAAGAUAAUCUUUCGAUCGACAUUUACUUUAGAAUUCCGUCCUUUGUAUGUAUUAGCCUUCUUGUAUUAUUUAGCAUUGGUACUUCUCAUC